CUGGACGAAACCACCGAUUGUGACGCCACCGAUGACCUCACUCUCACUUCAUGGCGCCAUCUCUAUUAAGAUAUACGACAAUUUCAUCUCUGUGGAAAAAUAUUUCUCUGAUCCUCUGACGCUGACAUAUAAAUUAAAAGUCGUUUGCUUCAUGAAGAUAUUCGGAGGAAUGCCCAUUGGAAUAUCCAUUGGAGGAUUUUUCUUCGUGAAACGGAACUUCUUGAUUCGAGUAGCAAGUGGUUUUCACUCGGUAUUUUCGACUUUAAUUGAACUAACUGGAGUGCUCGACGAGAACAAAUGCAUUUCAAAACUACAUCCAACUAACACUAGCAACGACACAAUUAUUUAGAGAUAUUUCGUAGCAGAAUAGAUCAAAUUCGUACACACAAUUAAACACGAAAUUCUCUUAUUCGUACACAUUUUUAUGAAAGUCUUUUUUGCAAUGUCUUAAUUCCUCAAAACUGACAGUUAUGAGAAGUUACUCCGACCAAAUAUUCAUUUGAUUGCAAGGCCGGAUUUAGGAAUUUUGAGACCUUAAGCUGAACUCUGUGUAAGGCCAUUUACCAACCCUUUACAAUUUUAGAAGUCAAUCAUAAAAAGAGAAUUAACAUAAAGAUAUUAAUUAAAUACUACACAAAAUGAAAAGUGAAGUAUAUUUUAUUGAUUUGUAAAAGAAAAAAAAAAUUAUUACAAAUUUUGACUUCAAUUUUCUUUACUGUAGAAAUUUUUCAGGUCCCUUAUAACAACACUCGAAAAAUAUUCAGCAACCUUGAUUGCUGGAUAUUUUUCGAGCUGUAAAGUAUUAUAUUAAUAGAAUUAUAGAUUCAAAUUAAUUGUAGAAUGUGGA